AUGUCGGCAUCACUGACACCGGCCGCCAAACGCAUGGCCAAGGAGCGCAAAGAUCUCGAAGAGGCAAGCAACCAGGAAACGGACCAGGACUACGUUGUCUUCUUCCAGGACCACGACCUCCUCCAGUUCGACGCCUAUGUCAUUGCCCCCGACACCAUCUACCGGUACCGGCUCGUGAAGCUGCAUUUCGAUAUCCCAAACACGUAUCCCACGGACCCCCCGAAAGUGACAUUCAUCCAGUACUCGGGAGGCAGAAUUCAUCCCAAUCUUUACGUCGACGGCAAGGUCUGCCUCAGCAUUCUUAACACCUGGGAUGGACAAGAAUGGGUCCCUGAAAUGACCUGCCAUGCCGUUCUCAUCACCAUAAGGUCUCUUCUCGACGAUGAGCCGUUCAAACAUGAACCCGACGAGAACAACAACACCGGGGUCAAUAAUCCCGAGUUCAACAACUACGUCGAGUACAGGACCUGGAUAAGCCUACUGACCGACUACCUGUGGCCCAGGCGGGAGGCAAAUCCCGAAGCCAGGGCCUGGCUGGACAGGUACGUCUGCAAAAACGGCCCGAAGAUGCUGCGUGAGUAUUCCAAACAACAACACAGGGCGAGCGUCAGCCACCGGAAGAGCGUCAAAGACGUGUACUGCGGGCCGGAUUCCCCAGGCGAAGAUUUGGAUUACCCAGGCUGGUUUGAAGCACUAGGGACUGCCAUUCUGGCAGCGGCAGCCCGUGGAGGGGCCAUCAUUUUUACCCACACCCCUUCAGAAUCGCCGCCACUCAAGAGGAAGGCGGACCACCAACAACCCAGCACAACGGGCGAGGGCUCCGAGGACGCGGAAAAGAACGGCAAGAAACAGGCCAAAUCAUCUGCGGCUCCCAAACCAAAGUCUCCCCCAGAGACCAUCGAUCUUACCUCACCCUAG